AUGAUUAGAGUUAAAAGAACAGAUGGAGUAUCCAAACAUGAAGUUAUUGAAUUAAGGAAAAAGUUAAGAGGGUUAAUAAAGACACAAAAUACUAAACCGAUAAAAGGAGUAAUGCAAUUUGUAGCGUUAAUCGAUGAGAGUUUCAAGUGUUUAGAGAAGCAAGGGUUUCAGUAUAUUCAAGGUCGAACACAAGGCCAAUUUCACCUUAUUGAUAACGUAAAAACGGAAGCGAUGCUUGUUGAAAUUACGGAUAAUGAACAAGAUGAAAUAAGACCAAAUUUUGAAAAACGAAAUAGGAAUGAAAAAUGUUAUGAUUUAGAUGAUGCGGCAAGAACAACGAUU